GUCACCUCUCUCUUACUCUCUCUGUGCUCGUGCAACCGAAGAUCCUGCAGGUCGUCAAAUCCAUGGAAGAUGAUUUGACCAUAGAACCUCGUGAGGGGAUUGAGUUUGAAUCCGAGGAUGCGGCCAAGAUGUUCUACGAUGAUUACUCUAGACGUUUAGGGUUUGUAAUGCGUGUAAUGUCUUGCCGGAGAUCCGAGAAAGAUGGAAGAAUCCUUGCCCGGAGAUUCGGCUGUAACAAAGAAGGUCACUGUGUUAGCAUCCGAGGUAAGUUUGGAUCAGUCAGGAAACUAAGACCGAGCACAAGAGAAGGUUGCAAGGCCAUGAUUCAUGUCAAGUAUGACCGGUCUGGCAAAUGGGUCAUAACCAAAUUCGUCAAAGAACAUAACCAUCCGCUCGUGGUUGCACCUCGCGAGGCUCGUCACACUCUGGACGACAAGGACAAGAGAAUUCAAGAACUGACGAUAGAGCUACGAAACAAGAAGCGGUUAUGUGCAGCGUACAAGGAACAGCUAGAUGCGUUCACAAAGAUUGUUGAAGAACAUAGUAAUCGGAUAGCAAAGAAAGUGGAGAGUGUGGUGAACAGUUUGAAGGAAUUCGAACCUAUAGAGCUCGAGCUACUGCGAAGUAAACAAGAUGCCCUCUAAGCCAUCUAUAAAUGUGUGCUGCUGUACAUUCUUUACUGCCUUUCCCGAUCUCAAAUGGAUCUAGUGUAAUGUAGAUGUGACUGAAUCUUGUAGUUUAUGGAAUGUAAUGGGAGAAACUUUGUAACCAUAGAUUAGAAGAGAACAUGAAUACAAAUCAGGUUUCAGGA